CGAGCGCAUCCGGACUUGAAGACCCGCGUUUUGAAAGUGCUUUUCGGAGAUUGGUAGCUCAAGAGCUCGAGUGCCCCAGUCCAGCCCAGUCCAAGCAUGUGAGACGCGGGCGAGAUUCGGGCGAUAUCAGUUACAAAGUGUUGGCUAGUACGAAUGUCACUGAGUCAGACGCGCUGUGACAUCCUCACGUGUCCUAGUGACCCUCAGGCGCUUAAGGCCUUGGAGGUUACUUGACGCGUAAUUUUGGGUCGCACUCGGACGAGGGAGGGGAGGAAGAUAAAACAGUCCUCAGGCAAAUUCGACAUUUACUCCAGUUGGUUAUGAAAAAGGGCAUCGAACUCCAGCCACGACUUCAGUCUUUACUUACGUCGAACGAACCUCCUUUUGACUCGGAUGUACCUACCGUCACUGGAAUGCUCCAAGAGCGACUGGCUCACAUCUUCGAGCUGGAGCAACAACUGGUUAAAAUGCGUAUAGAAGCACACGUGUACGAAUCCCUUCUUUCAGGCAUGCGAAGACUUCCACCCGAACUCUUGACUGAGAUAUUUGUCCAUUAUACGGCUCCAAUUCGGCAGCGCGACUAUCGUCUUUCCAUUUACUCUUGCUAUCCUAGAGCAAAUGCUCCACAUCAAUCAUCCCCCAUGGUCCUCAGUCAUGUCUGCAGAAAAUGGCGCCUUGUAGCACUAUCUACUCCACUGUUGUGGACUGCUAUCUCGAUUCCUCAUAGGACUCCUCUUGGAUGUAUCAACUAUGCUAGUCUAGUCCAACGGUGUCUCACCAAUUCCCAAAUAUCACCAUUGUACAUCACCCUUUCGGUUCUCAGCUCCGCUCAGAUGCAACAUCGUUCUCCUGCAGCCAAAGGUCUCAGGAAUGCGGGUGCGUUAGAAACGCUGGACAAGUUCAUGCCGGAGAUAUACAGAUGGCGAUAUCUCCAUUUCGAUAUCUUGACCAGCCAAACUAUGUUAUUGGAACGCAAUUUCCCUCCUAUACCACCUACCGGGGCGCCCAACAUGUACAAAAUAUUCUUCCGCGCAUUUUCGGCGGACUUGGACUCUCCUGAGGUCCUGUGGGCGUUGGAGCUCAUACGCGCAUCCCCCAACCUUCAUAAAAUCACGUUCCUCGCACCGAUAUUGAAUCUUGGGGCGGCGUCUUGGAUACAUUUACAGUACUUCGAAUCGAGACGUGGAAUGCGAUUAAGCGAUUUGUUUUUGAUAUUCAUUGGAUGUCCAUCUCUUCGAAGUUGUAUUGCUUGCUUUGAGCUCGAGGAGGAAGGUCCUUCUCUCCCAUCGUUUGGAGAGUCAGACCCGCUUAUUCAAUCAUCCCAUUUGCACACACUGCAGCUUACCCAUCUUCGGCAUGCAGAACUGUUAGCAAUCUUGCAAUGGCUCACGCUACCUUCCCUUACUGAUCUCACCCUUGCUGGACACCAUGUGUCGGAUACAUGGCCUAGCGAGCUCUUUCAAUCUUUUCUCGUGAGAUCUGCAUGCAAACUGAGCACCUUGUCGUUAUCCCGCUUUUCCUACUCGGACACCAAUAUCAUGGAUCAUCUUCGACUCCCGAACAUUCACGACACGUUGGAACACUUGGAGCUCGACAAAUGGAAGACCCCCAUAUCCCCAGAGCUGUUAAAUUUUCUCACCUUCAGAUUUACCUCCGACUCACCCGUCAACUUCUUGGUUCUUCCAAAACUGAUUGAUGUUACAUUCGCUAUUCAUGCCAUUGUUCAAGCUGUCCGCUUGCGAGAGUUCUUUCUUUCUCGGUGGUAUGAGCGUAGUCGCAAUCAUGCUCCCUUUCCGGUUGCAGCUUUACAAAGAAUGUCCAUUGUCCUUCUAGUUCCGUAUUUGCCCAACGCGACGGUGUCUGGAGAACAGAUACGGCGCGUAUUCAGUAGAAUCGAAGAGGCCGUUGACAUCGACCUGGAGACUUGCGUGGUUGACGGUGGAACGGACUACCCGGAGAUUGACAAACUGGGUGACUGGGAUGAGAUAUAAUUUCUAUGGUUAUCGGGAAAUCUAGUUCACUUUGAUAAUUAUUAGUUAUGUAAUUAGUUAGGUAUUGCUGUUUCGAUAGUAGCUGAAGCUGAUACGGAAUAUAAAGGGAACACACAAGGAUUUACCGAAA